CUGGCGGGCAGCCAGCUGGGCACCUGCGUCAGCGCGCGCCCAGCCCUUCUCUCGUGUGCCUGGCAUUUACUCCUCUGAGCCCUCUUGAGCUGGGAAUGGGGACGAAUCGCCUUUGACGCAUGCUCAGACAACGCUGCACAAAUCACAGGAGCCUGGAGUGAGGUCGCGGCACAGCUGGUACAAUUUACAUACGACAAAGAGCAGAGACCUUCCGUGGACAGCUCGGGACACUUAUAAGUGUAUUCACCACAGAACUAACCGCCAGAUCAGCACACAGAACAUUUCAACACGCAAAAUAAGCCUGUUUCUUUGGGGUUUGCUGUCAGUGCGGAGGGAGGACUCUCUCCUGAAAUGGCCGUUUAGGAAUGGUGCUUACAGGAGGGGACCUCAGGGCGCCCACCUUCUUCAGUCACCAAGAGGACCUAGUGAGAGACGGCCUUGCCCAAGCCCGCACGGAAGGCGGCUGUGGAGCCCGGAAGUUGCUGCUGUCCCCACGAAUCCGUCUCUGGAGCGUCUCCCGGACUCUCCGGGUCCGCGGGCUGAGGGCUUUCUUCUGGGGCCACGUCUCAUAUCAGGGAGCCCACGCCACCUGCACCCUUCAGGGCUUGGAAGGAGUCUUCCCCAUCCUCCAGCACCAUCGCCUUCCCGAGCCCUUCCCUCCUCCUCCCGGGGGCAGGAGACAAACAGCCCCUGUGUCAGGCCGAGGACACCCGGAUCCGCAUCUGACUGGCCUCCGCCCAACUCAGCCACACAGCCUCCUCCGCCGCGGGGGCGGGGGGCUCCGCGGCUCUGCCGGCACCCCAGGCCCCCUCCUGCCCUCUUUCCCUCCAGAGCACUUCCGAACCGUGGUCUGCAGCUCUCAGGUGUGUGAAAGGCUGAGUUUGGCAGGGGAGGAAGGCCUGGAACUAUUUGAGGGCGGCGGGAAGAGCGCUGCGAGGCUGGAGCUGGGGACCGGAAGGCUGGGGAAGAAAUGCGCCGCGACCAGCCAGACCACGCUCCCCUUCACCCCCUCUCACCCUCUCACCCCCAGGCCUCCAGACACAGCAGACCCGGAGGGUCGGCUGCUGAGCUCGCUCUUCUGGGUGGAGGUCUUUGCCACCUGCAGCUCCGGCUCUGGACUGAGCAGGGUGACGGAAUGGGCUGGAACCAGCCCUGACUUCUCUUCCUCCAAGGCCCAGACAAGGCUUCGGGCCAAGGGCAGACCAGCUCCCUGAUCCUGGUGCUCGCAAGCGGGUCCCCCUUUUCUGCUGCUUGAGGGGUACGGGGAGUUGGCAAGGUGGCCCUUUAGGGGUUGCAGGGAGAGGCCGUGGCCACUGGCAGGACCCCCCUCUCUUUCCCGCGAGCUUCACACACAGCUGCCUUCCUCCUCCAGCCUGCAAGCCCCCGGCCCAGGCGGACGCCUCCUGGGGCUGGGUCCCCAGGCCCUGCGUGGGGGAGGGGAGAGGCUGGGGAAGUCAGUCUUCAGCAAAAGGCACAUUUUCCACUCAGUCCCGCUCCCUCCCACUCUACACUGCCACCUCUCUGUGGAGCAGGAGGACAGAUGUCACCUCCAUGUCCCCUGAGGCCUUGGUCCUCUCUCCAUCUCCCUUCUGUGUGUCCUCUGGCCCUCCGCUGACCGGCUGCCUGUAAAUAGGGAAGGCUGGGUCAUGCUGGGGAGCAAAUGUGAUAAUGUCUGGGGCGGCCGGGUGGCUGUCGGUCAUGGCCCAGGUCAUGAUCUCGCAGUGCAGUUCAUGGAUUCGAGCCCCCAUGGGACUCUGUGCUGACGGCUCAGAGCCU